AAACAUUUUCUAUGUGACUUUCUACAGUAGAAUACGCUUGCUUUAAACAAUGGAUUUUAUUGUGAAUUUCCACGAACUCUUAAAAGAUUUCGUAGGCUGUAAUAGAAAUAUCAUCCAUACAAAAGUGACUAAAUUGACAACACCGGGGGAAAAUUAUAUGAGCGAUAUUUUCAAAAUUAAUCUCAAAUUGAAGAAUAAUAAUGAUGAUGAUGUCAUCGAAGAAGUCCAUCUUGUAGCUAAAUUAGUUGUUACGAAUGAUUUCACAGGACCGACAGCAAAUUUAACUAAAAACGAAAUUUUAUUUUACGAAAAAAUCGUACCGGCUUUAGAAAGUUUUCAGGAAAGAUACGGCGUUAAAUUUCCAAGGUUUUUCCCCGAAUACGUUGCAGGUAGGAUCAAUUUAAAUGGUGGUGAUGUCCCGGAUAAAGAUGCUGUAAUAGUUUUGGAGGAUUUAUCAGAAAAAGGAUAUGAAAACAUCGAUCGUCAUAUUGGUUUCGAUUUACAAGAAGCGAAAUUAAUAUUGAAAGAUUUGGCAAUUUUCCACGCGGUACCUUUAGCUAUGAGACUAUUGGAACCGGAAACAUACAAAUCUGAAAUAUUAAGUAACUGCCACGGAUUUAUACCUGAGUUUCCAAAAAAAGAUGAAAAACCAGACGAAAAUCGAAUAGAUAUUUUAACAUUCCUGUUACAAUUAUUCAAAAGCGACGAAAAAUACACUCCUAUAAUUCCAAUAGUUACGAAUUUUUUCAAAAAUCUAAGAAACCAAAUCGAAAACAACACCCGGAAAUUUUUUACUUAUAAACCGGAUACGCAGUUCGAAACAAUGACGCACGAAGAUAUGUGGUCGAAUAAUACGAUGCAGAUACGUCGAAAUGGAAAGUUAAUCCACAAUAUGUUCAUCGAUUUCCAAAUGGUCAGAAGUAAUACCCUCUUCAACGAUCUGAUUUUCUUCAUUGUUUCCAGCGUACAACUCAAAUAUUUACAAGAAAAUUUCGACGACCUCAUUCAGUUUUAUUACGAAAAUUUCAGCGAAACUUUGAAGCGAUUCGGUUGCUUCACUUCAGAAUAUACCUACGAGAAAUUCAUGGAAGCUCUACCUAAAGAAUGUCAAAAGGGAAUCCUCCAAUGCACGUUUAUGAUGGUUUCGGUGAUUUUUCAAGAAAAGGGAAUAAAAUCAGAUAUCAAAUCUCCUGUUAGAUUUGAAAAUGUGCCCCUAAUCGCAAAAGAAAAGGUUGGAUUUCUAUUUUUGGAAGCAGUUAAAAGGGGUUGGUUAUCUUAAUUGAUACAAACUUGUGAAAACCAAAACUGUAUCGAUCUGCUUAAAGAUUAAAAUAAAAAAUAUCAUUUUUAUUCA